GGGGUAGAGAAGGACCAUUAGUUCCCUGCUGGGAGCAGAUCUGUGUGUGUGCGCGAGUUUGUGCGUGCGUGCGUGCGUAAACGUGCAAACACACAUAAAGAUGACUGCCACUGGUCAGUGUUUAUGAUUAUGAUUUGUUUGGUCGCUAUGCAUGCUUAAGCAUAAUGACAUCGGUCCCUCUCUCUCUCUCUCUCUCUCUUCACGGUCGGGCAGGCUGAGAAGCGCAGCAGCUGUGUGUGAGGGAGGGAGGGAGGGAGGGAGAGGGGUCGGGAGACAGAGGAGGAAGGAUUUUUAUCACCGACACUCUCUACCCCCGUGGUCGACAACAGUGCUCUACCGGCGGUUGGAGGAGCCAGCGAGACCCGUCGGGUGACUGGUAACCUUGGAGGCACGCCAAACCACCCAGGAGGAGGGAAGAGGGGUGGAAGGAUGGCUGUCUCCCUGAUCUGACAGAAGACAUUUGUUCGGUGAAUGAUCGGAGGGUACCGUAUUGACGCAAUACCGCAGGUGAGUAACCAUGGAAUCCACUCACCUCCUAGACGGCUCCAAGAAACGGGUGAAGAUCCACCCUCACACCGUCACCGCCAAGUACGCCCCACACACACCCCACACACACACACACUUCCCCCAGCCCGGAGACGAGGGGUACGAUGACGCUCCCUCCUUCGAGGACUUCGGCUCCUUCCUGGAGGAGACCUCGGACAAGAAACAGCUGACAGGAGCCAGGAAGUGGACAGGAAAGGCCGGCGCUCUGUUUGGAGGGAAGGACAAAAACAAAGACACACCCCUUAGACCUCCCAUGGGGGGAGGCGAGGGGGGGGUGGAGGGAGGAGGGAAGGGUGCAGGAGGGGGAGUAGGAGAGCAGCUAGCGAGUUUCAGCGAGGCGUCUGUCUCUGCGUCUCGGCUCACGUGGGCCAGUGUGGUCUUGGCGGGGCUGGCCCACGGCUGUGUGUGUGUUCUGACGCGCCUGGCCGCCUCACGCUUUAACCUCCCACCCUUAACUCUUCUAUUGGUACGAUCCGUCCUCCAGCUGCUCUAUGGGACUGUACCAAUGAAACGGGCGGAGACGGCCUUUGGCUCAAAGGGCUAUCGGCGGAAGCUGCUCCUGUACGGUCUGACUCACUCCUUCUCCCUCUGCUGCGCUUACUCGUCCUUAUCCUUUGUCUCCCUCGGCGACGACGAGGCCAUGUUGACAACCUGGCGCCUGGCGACCACCGUCCUGUCGGCCACUCAGGCGUUGUUGCUCCUGGACGAGCGGCUGGGAUUGGUGGACCUGGUCACCGUAGCGACAGGCGUGUUAGGACUGGGUCUGGCGCUAGUUCCUAACCCAACAGGUCUGGAUCAGAACAACAACGGGACUGGGUCAGGGAUGCCCAAUGGGGCGACACCGGCACAACAGUCGGCCCAGUUCUGGCGGGAAGCGUUUGGUUGGUCCCUGACUGUUCUAGCAGGACUAUGGAUGUCUCUGGCUCUAGUAAUGUACCGCUCUCUGAAGGAACGGGUCAGUGUCGGCACCGCUCUGUUCACUGUCAGUUGGACCGGCUGUCUGAGCACUGCUGUGUCCAUGCUUCUCCUCCAACAGGGGCCAGUGUGGCCGGCCAGUCUCCAGGCUUGGUGCGUCGUCCUGGGGGUAGCUGUGUGCUCUGCUGGGGGGUUCGUGGGGGUGACCCAUGGCCUCACCCGACUUCACCCAGCUUUGGUGUCGGCUACUCAGGGUCUGGAAGUACCGGUCGCUAUGAUGCUGGAGAUCGCUGUUGUGCCAUUGGUUCCCUCAGUGUGUGAGGUCAUAGGGGGUGUGGUGGUGGUGGCGAGCGUGGGUUGGCUUGUUACAGUGAAGCUCCUCCCCUCUCGAGGAAGUGGGAGGAAACAGAGAGAAGAGUACGAAGAGAUCCUGGACUCGCCAAUUAAAUAACACACACACACACACACACACACACACACACAGACACACACACACACACAAAAGCACAUGCAAGGGGGACAUGCACGCACCAAGAUUCAAAUAGGCCAAUCCCCUUCUAUCUAUGUUUCUGUCUAUCUCUCUUUUCCCAGGGGUUUUGUGCUCUCUCUCUCUCUCUCUGUCUCUCUCUCUCUCUGUCUCUCUCUCUGUCUCUCUCUCUCUGUCUCUCGCUCUGUCUCUCUCUCUCUCUCUGUCUCUCUCUCUGUCUCUCUCUCUCUCUGUCUCUCUCUCUGUCUCUCUCUCUCUGUCUCUGUCUCUCUCUCUGUCUGUCUCUCUGUCUCUGUCUCUCUCUCUCUGUCUCUCUGUCUCUCUCUCUCUCUCUCUGUCUCUCUCUCUCUGUAUCUCUCUCUGAGGUCAGUGUGUAUAUAAAAGGACUCUAUGGUGAAUGUUAAUGCUUGAGCUAAAAUAGCUGUCUUUAACCACAGAUCUAGAAUCAGAUACACCAACUCCAAUCCUUACCUUAACCAUUAAGAGGUGUCAAAAUAUCUGACCCUGUAUCAGUGGUUAGGGAAAACAUCUACCUACUCCAAUGUGAAUAGUAAAUGUAUCUAUUUUGUAUUGUAGUUGUUGUUAUUGUUGUAAAGUUCCAAUACUGUGCUGUCUUACUGGCUGUUGUCAUAUUAAAACCUCACUGUGUUACUGUGAUUUGCUCUCUC